UCUCUUGUUUGCAGCAUCCCUUGAGCAGCCUCUGUUCUGUGAAAUACAAGAAAGGGCAAGACGGGGGCGGUACAUGCUAGGAGGCAACCGGAGACCGGGAUAGGGAUCUCUGUGAGGCUGGCGGGAUAGGGUUACUCUGGUAUGUGGAGGUUAUCUUCAGAAAAAAUGGCUGUUUCUUCAAUGUAAACAGCCUGAGCUCUACCUGCAUUGCUAAAGGGGGGAACAGAAGAGGAGGAGGUGGAGGAGGAGGGGCAGCCGCUGGAGGAAAUGCUGCCUCUUCCAAUGAUAUUUUCCCUUCUUUAGCUAGCCCCGGCCUGCAUGCCUGCAGCAGCUCACCUCUGAAGUCAUGCAUGUUGUAUGUUGAGCAUUACUCUCAAGAUCUUAUCACCAAAGUUUCCUCAACAGCUUCCACAGCAGACCUCAAACCAGAGGGAAGACAGCUGCAUCCAAAAUGAGACACGCCAGAGGCUGAGAAACUGCAACGACAUCCAGUCAGAGAUUAAAAAAACACAUCCUUCAGUUAAAACAGUUACACCUGACCAUGGCUGUAACUGCAGCUAAGACCACUUCAAGUUUGCUUUCCACAACUUCCACAGCCACCACGGCCCCCUCCCUCCUCACGACGAGCGUGGGCGCCAGAGACAAUGUCACCUCCAGAACAACAUUAAUGACUGUUACCAUAACAACAAAUGAGACCAGCUUUAACGCCACCUCGUUUCCAGAGGCCAUGAUCGAGGGCUCAGGAAUGGGAAUGGUGCUUGUCCCAUUUGGUAUCAUCACUGUUAUCGGGCUAGCAGUGGCAAUCAUGCUGUAUAUUCGGAAACGGAAGCGGUUGGAGAAGCUGAGGCACCAGCUCAUGCCCAUGUACAAUUUCGACCCGGCUGAAGAACAAGACGACCUGCUUGAACAGGAACUGCUCGACCAUGGGCGGGAAGGCAGCCUCACAGGUCCUAAUGCCAAGACUCUCACGACCUCCCAAGGGACCACGCAGAGGCCCAGUCGUCUGGUCUUCACGGAUGUAGCCAAAGCUCUCAACGCUUAACAGCUCUUUUAUUAGUUGAUUUCAGCUCGUGGGGCCCACUGGCCCCUUUGACAUAUACACAGACUGCUGCUCAGGAAGGAAAACAAAGGGAAAACCGGACUGUUCUUUGAGAGCUGCUGUGAACACUUCAUUUCUAUGACACAGAACGUGACAUGACAGUGGUUUUCAAUUAUUAAAAAAAUGUGCAUGUAUGAUAAAGGGAGCAUAAUGGGUGGCAUCACAUUUGAUCUUGCACUGUUAUAAGGCACACAAAUGCAGUGUGAUAAACUUUUAUGAAUCAUGUUGUGUUAUUGCUGUUCAAAUGUUUGGUAGCUUGUCAGUGAAGUUCUUCUGAGCUUCAGUAUCUUCUUCCAUAUUUGAUAAGAGAGAAGUGUACAUUUGUGUUCAACUGAUUGUGUGGUCUUGCGUCUCUGACAAGCUUGAACCUUGGAUGUGUUAUCAUCCUUUACUAAACUGUUCCUUGAUUUGUUUCUUCUUUUUGAGUAAUGAAGGAUUGUUUCUGUCUGUAUACAAUAAAACUAU